AUGACAAUGAUGACGGUUGCGGCGCUCCAGAAGGCAGCCGAGACAUUGCUUUCGUCGGAAAAGACCGAUGUCGCUUUAUUGGAUCAGGUCGUUAACGUGAUGUAUCGAUCAACUGGUGAGACGCAACAAAUGGCGUCGAGUAUACUGUCGCAACUGAAAGAGCAAGAGGGCGCGUGGAUGCGUGUCGAUGGCAUUCUGCAAUUCAGUCAACUCAUUCAAACAAAGUACUUAGCGUUACAAAUCCUGGAGAAUCUCGUGCUAACCAGAUGGAAGACGUUGCCGAGAGAACAAUGUGAAGGUUAA